GCACCUGGUUUUAAUCACUUCUGUACUUACCAUUAAUUAAUAAAAACAAGAUAGAAAAACAAGAGGAUAGAUUUAACUCAAACUAUUAAUUAUACAACAUCUUAAAUUAAACAUCAGGUGCCUAUUGGACGCUCGCGGGAAACGCACGUCGAUUCGCCUCAGUUAAAUACGGAGAAAAUUUACAGCGACCGUUUUGGGUGAAGGUAAAACGUAUCAAAUAUCAAAUUCAUUGUGUGUUCUAGCAUAGUACAGAGCGAGUCACGCCGCGGCAGGAUGCUAUCAUCAAACCAAUUGACGCAGAUGGUGCACAAAUAUCUCGGUCUCUAUAACUCUACAGACUGCAUACAGCAAAUCUGUAAAUGGACGGUCCGAGAAUCAACGGUGGGCGGUCGAGGAAUAAUAGCCACUGAAGACAUUCUGUGUGGAGAAGUUUUGUUUGUUGAUCGUCCUUUGAUUUUUGGUCCGCGUUGUGGAAAUGUCAUCAGAGGAUGUACAGUUUGCUCCAAAUUCGAAGAUGACGGAUUCUUUAAGUGUUCUCUGUGCGCCCUAUUGCUAUGCUCAACGGAAUGUCAAGAUUUUCACACUGAUGAUUGCAACAUUAUUGCUGGUUGGAAGAAAAAAGUUGACAUUGAAGAAAUAGACGAAAUUGUAAUGUCACAUGCCCUAGCCGCCAUAAGAGCAUUGUCUUUAAACCAAGAACAAAAACAAUUUAUGAGCGCUUUAGCAGCACACACAUUACCACAACAUGGCGGUGAAAUCAUAAAACUCAAGCAGUAUUUUGAAAUACCUGAAGAAAUUGAAAAAGAUAUGAUAUUCGCUUGUCAAGCUUUAGAUACAAAUGCAUUUCAAAUUGCAACACCGUACGGCAAGAAGGAAAUGAGUCUUCGUGGUUUGUACCCUGUAGCAGGACUCAUGAAUCAUAGUUGUUUGCCAAAUGCGACAUAUAGUUACAAUGAUGAACGUCAAAUGAUCGUUAAAACGAGUCGAUUCAUUGCAGCUGGAACUGAAAUAUUCACUUGCUAUUCUGGGAUUUUAUGGGGAACGACGACUCGACGCAGUUAUUUAUUCAAAACAAAACAUUUUUGGUGCAAGUGUGAACGGUGCGCGGAUCCUACGGAAAACGGUACUAUGCUCGCUGCCCUCUGUUGUUUAGCGAACGAAUGUACGACGGGAUAUCUUCUGCCGAUCGAACCACUGAAGUCUUCGUCUUCAUGGCAAUGUACAGCGUGUGGUCUCCGCGUGCCAAGUAAAAUUAUCUACAAAAUACAGGUAGCUUUAGGGACCUUAAUAAGCACUUUAGACUUCCAAAACCUUGAACAAAUGGAGAAUUUCCUAAUGAAAAGGGUCACAAAAUUCGUGCCAAAAGUUAAUCACAUAGUCGUCGACCUCCAAUGCCGACUCAUAUGGGAAUUCGGAGACGUACAAGGGUAUCGCUGGCACGAGCUAACGGAAUCGCGGCUAUCCCUGAAAUUGGUCCUGUGCCGAGAUAUAUUGGCCACGCUGGCGGCCCUGGGUUUAGAAGACUCGCACCUGUGCGGCCUGCUAUUCUACCACCUGCACGCCACGCUAGCAGAACGCGCCAGGCGCCACCCAGACUUAUAUGACGGUCUGAAAUCAGAAAUAGAGAGUACCAUAGAAAGAGCGUACCGAAUCCUCCGAGGCGAUAUAUCCGCUCCAGUUGACCUUGAGUUGAGAUAUCGCUAUCUUGGUCCCGAUUGUGAAAAACCACAGCAAGAGAGAUUCUCCAUCCUCAGUAUAUAAUCCAAAUGCAAGAGUAACGAGUAGCCAAAAUGUUGACGGCACAAGAUUUUUAAAUCAAUAGUAUAUGUAUGAUAUAAAUAUAAAUAUGAUAUAAAUAGUUGACACAGUAGGUAACUUAUUUGAAAAACAAAUUUAAUUUAUGUUCACGUGUAGUUUCAUAGUAUACUUACAUUAUUUCUAGAUAUUAGAUCGGAUAUGCAUGAUUUAUUCUAUUCAAACUGACCAUUUCACACUGUAAUUCGUUCUAACCGCUCAUAUGGCCGUUAUGGCUUUUGACCCCCCUCAAGCGCCCCAAUGUUUUUUGUUAAAGCUUUAAUUUAUAAUACCUAGAAUAUUAUAACGGAAAAAAAGAACAAUGUUGUAUUAAUAUUUUAAAAAAACGGUAAUAAAUAACUAUACGAAAACUAA